UCUUGCAGGCCCCUGACGAACGCUGAUUGCUUUUCUUUGCGUUGUUCCGAUCAGGUUUGGCGGCAAAAGAUAAGUCUUUACGUCCCUGUCGUUCCAGUUUUCAAAGUGCGCAAGUCAGUACUACACGUUUAUCUUCAGUGGCUGCCCACUGCUCAGUGCUCGGCCGGUCGUCCCUUCUCAACCACUCUGCCUCCGGGCGGCUAUUUAGCUCGCCGCCUCUAGCUGCACAGCCCAAAUUCGAGAUCUUUUAGCGGCAGAGUGUCUAGCUACAGUUUGUUGUGGGCUAGCAGCAUCGGAAUCUGGGAAAUGGGCGUGGGCAUCCAGGCGCAGGAGCCGAAGCAUCGGCGGCAGGGGCAAGAGGAGCGCGAGGCCGACGGCGCCGCGGACUCGUCGGCGCUCGCCGCGCUGUACCUGUACGGGGACGUGCUGGAGUCGGUGGUGGACCGCGUGCCGGCGGCCGACCUGGCCGCCACGGCGGGGGUCUCGCGGGAGUGGCUCCGCGCGGUGCGGUCCGCGCUGCGGCGGCGGCCGCGGCGGCUGCCCUGGCUCGUGGUCCACCUCCACGGCCGCAGCCGCCGCCGCACCGCGGCGUACGACCCGCACUCGGGCGCGUGGCUCACGGUGCACGCCCCGCGCCACGCCACGCCGUCGCACGUCCGCCUCGUGCGCGGCGCGCGCGGGGACCGCGUCUGCGCGCUCUCCCUCUCCGGCCUCGACGUCGCGGGAGACCCGCUCGGGACGUCCGCGUGCGUCGCCAUGAGGGCUCCCCGCGUGUGGCGCGUCGACCCGGUGCUCGCCGCGGUGGGCGACCGCGUGGUGGCCCUGGGCGGCGCGUGCCAGCUCGCGCUGGCCGAGGGGGAGGACGCCGCCGCGGUGGAGGUCCACGAGGGCGGCAGCUGGACCACCUGCGACCCGAUGCCGGCCGCGCUCCGGGAGUCCGCGGCCGCCACGUGGCUCUCGGCGGCCGCGACGGAACAGAGAGUGUACCUCGUCGACCGGACCACCGGGUGGGCGAGCUGGUUCGAUCCGGCGAAGCGGCGGUGGGGUCCCACCCGUCGCCUCGAACCAAACUCCGGCGUGUCCUCGUGGGGCGUCGCGCCUGGCCGCGCCGGCGCCGAGCGGCUGGUCCUCUUCGGGGCGAAGCGCGAAGGCGAGGGGGCGGAGAACAGGGUGGUGAUCCAGGCGUGGGAGGUGGACGGCGACGACCUGGAUCUGUCGACACACGACGACACGAUGCCUAGCGAGAUGUCGGGGAGGCUGUUCCCCCGCGACGAGGACGAGGAGGACGAGGAGGAGUUGGCGCCGUCGAUCGGGGUGUGCGGCAACGCCACGGGAGGGUACGUGUACAAUGCGGCCGAGCUGGGCAACGGCGCCGUGCUCUACGAGCUGCGGAGCGGGGAGAAGGGGAGCGCUGUGGAGCGGUGGGAGUGGGUGCCAUGCGCGCCGGCGGUGCGCGCCGAGCCGAUGGGCCGCGCCAUCCUUGCGUGCUCGCCGGUGGGGCUGGACGAGCUGGCGCGGGGACUGCGACCUGUGUCCUCGCGACGGGCAUGCGCGGACAAGCACUGAAUCAAUCAACCUCAACCACUGCGGUUGGAACAACAACCAACUGUUGCUGUACUCAAAGUUUGCACCUUGGCGAACUCUGGGGCUGGAGCUGGCGUGACCAGUCACGCAAUGGAUGCACUACAUUUCAGCCAAGCUAUGGACUUCGAUGAACCAAUACGUGGGGCAUAUACCAUGUUCAGGUUGAGAUGAUUUGCAUUGCAGAUGCUUCGCCUGGCGAUCAAGGCGUUCACGGUUUCUCAGCCAAUGCCAACUUGUAUCGCGUGAUUAAGCUCUUCGCUGGUUACAACUUGUUUCUCACGGACCUGUAAUAGUGUUGCAAACGCUUCGGAGAUGUUCGGAGCGAAGUUAGGUCAGGUGUCCCAAACCGUAUGCCUGUUUUCGUUGCCGGUUAAGUGAAGUGUGAGAUUGCUGGGCUCACCGGUUAAUGGAUUAUGUUUUCCAUCUAAGAAUCCUGCUCUAGUUCAUCCUUUUGAUGAACUAAACCAUGUGCUCCUAUAUACAGUCCCUAUGUGCUGUUUGUAUCAA